UGUCUAAGUAUCAAAUAUUGUGCAGACAGGUGCGAUGGAGGGUCAAGUUUACUUGAGCAGAAAUAAACUAGUUUCAUUGUCGGAACAAAACCUAGUGGACUGCGCCUCGCGGGGAGACGGCUGUAGCAGUAGCAGUAAUAUGCUCGCCGCAUUCACUUACAUUGCGGAGAACCAAGGCAUCGACACAGAAAACACCUAUCCAUAUUACGGAAGAAAGCUGCGAUGCGCUUUUAAAAAUGAUACUGUGGGUGCAAAGUCUGCUGGCUACACGACAAUAAUGGAUGGUAGCGAGGAAGUUCUGCAGGAGGCUGUGGCGACACAGGGCCCCAUUGCAGUUGUUUUGUCAGCACGAAAUGUCGUACUAGAGUAA